GGCAGCGGGACAAUCAGAGAUAUACCGGGUCUUCAACGAGGAGCUGCUCCAAGUCCAGCGAUACCUUUAGCCCAGAACUUAGCCGUCUUGGCUGCUCCCUUUUGACGAAGCGUGAGCCCUCGAACAAAUCAUCAUUCAACAGGUACCGUCUCUUUAACGACCCCGCGAUAAAUCCUCCCGCCUCUAGCCCCAACCUUCCCACAUCUCGACAACACAUUUUUGAACCCGCCAAACAAAACUCCCCCGCCUUGUCAGAGCAACCAUGUCGGACCUCAACUCGUGGGAAGAUGAUCCUGCCGCCCAGGAGGAUAACCUCUCGAGACAAACUCAGCAGAUGAACCUCAACAGCACUCCGCAACAACCCUCGUUCCGCCCGGGCGCAAACUCGUUCCAGCCUGGCGCACAAUCUUUCCAACCCGGCCAGCCUUUCCAACCAUAUGGAGGGGGUUUCGAUCAAGCGGCAUAUCAGAACUACUACAACCAAGGGGCUUAUGGUGGCUAUCCUCAGUACGGCCAGCAAGGCUACAACCAGUACCAACAAGGCGGGUAUGGAGGCUACAAUCAAGGUGGCUACAACCAAGGAUACGCACAGCAAUAUCCCGGAUACGCACAACAACCACAAGCAGUUCCGGCAGCAUCACAGCAAGCGCCUCGACAAACUCCUGUGAUUGCGAAACGACCAACAGACGGUUCAUCAGGAUCAUCAGAUCUGAACAAGCCUGUGACCACAAAGGAGGGAGCACCACAAGUUCUCAGCAUCGGCGGGGAUGCACCUAAACCAAAGGCCAAGGUCCUCUCGAUAGGUACAACACCGGCCACAGCCAAGAAGGAAGAGCCGAAAAAAGAGCCUGCUCCGGCCGCACAGGAAGGUGCUAAGGUCACUGCUGCAAAGGCCAUCGAGAAGACGGAGAAGAGCACAACCUCUGCCAGUGGGAAAACCUCGCCAACGCCUUCUUCUGGCCGAUCGAGCCCUUCGCGUGCUGCUGAAAAGAAGGCUGCUCGUGAUGCCGACAUCGUUGAGAAAGAGCAGCAGGCUGAUGUUGAUGAGGAGACACUGAAAGAAAUUUACGGCAAAGAGCAUGUGAACAUCAUCUUCAUUGGCCAUGUCGACGCUGGUAAAUCAACCCUUGGAGGAUCUAUCCUCUACGCGACUGGUAUGGUGGACGAGCGAACUAUGGAGAAGAACAAGAAAGAAGCUAAAGAGAUGGGCCGUGAGACAUGGUACCUCUCAUGGGCAUUGGAUUUGACAAAAGAAGAGAGAUCCAAGGGAAAGACUGUAGAAGUUGGUCGUGGAUUUUUCGAAACAGAGAAGCGAAGAUAUAGUAUCUUGGAUGCUCCGGGACACAAGACAUACGUGCCCAGCAUGAUUGGUGGAGCCUCUCAAGCAGAUGUCGGAAUUCUCGUCAUCUCUGCACGAAAAGGAGAGUACGAGACAGGAUUCGAGAAGGGAGGUCAAACCCGGGAGCACGCUAUGCUGGCAAAGACCCAAGGAGUGAACAAACUUGUUGUCGUGAUCAACAAGAUGGACGAUCCUACGGUAGAAUGGUCUGAGAAGCGUUACCAAGAGUGCACCACAAAACUGGGCCAAUUCCUCAAGGGAGUUGGCUACAAUCUCAAGACGGACGUUUUCUUCAUGCCCAUCGCAGCACAACAAACGAUCGGUAUCAAGGACCGAAUUCCUGCAGGUCUUGCACCAUACUACGAUGGACCGUCUCUCCUCGAGUAUCUCGACAAUAUGACUACGCUGGAACGGAAAGUCAACGCCCCAUUCAUGAUGCCAGUUAACGGUAAAUAUCGUGAUAUGGGAACUAUUGUCGAGGGAAAGAUCGAGUCAGGUGUUGUGAAGAAGGGCAUGUCCUUGAUAUUGAUGCCAAACCGAGACAAGGUCGAGGUCGCCGCAGUAUAUGGUGAGACCGAGGAUGAAGUGCCUGCCGCACAAUGUGGAGACCAAGCUCGACUGCGGUUGCGGGGCGUCGAAGAAGAAGAUAUCCUGCCUGGCUUUGUCCUAUGUUCGCCAAAGCGUCUCGUACAUUGCGUCUCUGCUUUCGAGGCCCAGAUUCGCGUCUUGGAGUUGAAGAGCAUUCUAUCCGCUGGAUUUGAUUGUGUCAUGCACGUUCAUUCCGCGAUUGAGGAAGUCACAUUCUCGGCAUUGCUUCACAAACUGCAAAAGGGAACUGGUAGAAAGAGCAAACUCCCACCAUCACAUGCGAAGAAGGGCGAUAGCAUCAUUGCACGGAUAGAGGUGAUUGGUGGAACAGGAUCUGUUUGCGUCGAGAAGUUCGAGGACUACCCACAAUUAGGACGGUUCACGUUGCGAGACCAGGGACAAACCAUCGCGAUUGGCAAGAUCACCAAGUUGAUCACGGAAGAAGCUGCUUAA